GGCAGUCUGCCCAGCGGCAAUGGUCGUUAUAUACGUCCUCGACAUCUCCCCGACGUCGCACUCUCCCUCCUCCAACCUUGCUCGCCGUCCUGCUCGUCUAACCCUGCCAGUAUACCCUCGUCGGCGAAGCUACAUGCGAUGAUGAUACCCACGAUACCCUUGAAGGACUCGCAGUUCAACCUCGAUAUCUCCGGUGUCGCCGGUUUCUUCGGAGGCGACGUCGCCGUCUCAGCGAUGGCGACCGUCCACAUCUACCAGGGGAGGAGGUGGUUGGGGUGGUACAACUCGCCGGGGAGUUACGAGAUCGCGAAGCGGUACGGGCAGCUGGGGCGAUCACGGUUUUGGGACGGGCUCUACCCCGGAAUCAACGUCGAUCCCGCGGUCCUCUUCGAGCUCGACGGCAUGCGGGGCCCCACAUACCGCGGAGUGCAUUCGGGCACCAUCAUUUCUAAGACUGGUCAUCUCGCCCAUCUGUUGUUCCAAGAAUGCAAGGACAUCCCGCAGGGCCUGGCCCUCGAUGUUCCUCAUCUCCUACCAAACAGAAAGACCAGACCCAUUGCUGUCACCGUCGUCGAUCUACGCCAUACUCCCCUCUCAGAAGAACACCCUCGCUUGUUUCGGAACGCUACCAGCCCACUUGCCAGUUUGCCAAUCCUAGCAUCAGUCGCCACCAGCGUCGCCUGUGCGGUAUACCGGGACUGGUUCUGCUUUUCCAUGAUCGUACUUGGCAUGAUCAGCAGCGGACUCUCUUGCUACGUCGUAGGCACAGGUCAGUUCACCUUCACUCAUCCGACACAUGCAGAAGGGGCGCCGCCUGGGGACGGUGUCUUGAUGGCCGAAGAAGAAAUCAUCGUGCUGAGGGGGACGGAGGGCGCUGUAACACCAAUCACGAGAGGACAGUUCUCGCUGAAGUUCACCAGCGAGCCGGAGUACCAUAACAUCGGGGCGUGCUCCAUGUUAUUGACCGCGCAAUUCCUGGCGCAGCUGCUCCUUGUCCCCCAGGGCGAGAUCUUCGGCCAGAUCAUGUUCCUCUGUUCCCUCGCUGUCUCAUGGAUGUACAACUCGUACCUUUCCUCCCUGGACAGGGAAAGCUUCCAAAGACGCAUCCUCAUGGAACAGAUCCUGCAUAACCCCGCCAUGCACAAGUACAAGUUCGGUACAAGGACGUCUAUGGCCGUCUACGUCCUCCUCGUUCUUUCGCCGGCCGAACCGGAAGCUCUGAGGAAGAUCCUGAACGACCUCCUUCCAAACGAGACACAGGUUUGGAAGAUUUGGAAGACGGAACUCAUCGAGAAGGUCUGCAACCCUAAAUACCGGGAACCACUACGGGUGGACCAGAGGCCGCCGCUCUUCCAAUGUGAUGUGGAGCACGGCUUGAAGCAGAGCGACAUCAGCCUUCUGAGUACCUUGUACGGCGACGCCGAAACUGCGUUCCAGCAGUACUAUCGAGACAAUGCGACGUCGAUCGAUUCGCGCUUCGAGGAGAAGCCAUGAUCACUUCUUUUCCUGGUAGCUGUCGCCUAUCCUGCUCUCGUCCGACAUUUGCCUUUGCUCCGACUGGAACUGCUGCUCGUCUUCUCAGGUCGCUGGAUCCUAUCUUGCCAGCCACAUACGCUGCUGUGCUUCAAUCUGCCUGCGCUGUCCUGCAUGGUCGCGUCCGAUCUGGUACAUCCUGUGGUCUCCGUCUCUUCGCACUCGAGUCCAUACACUUACGAACAUCGUCAUUGCUCUCAAUCACUCACGCCCACCAUUCUGCUGUUGCUCAACGACCAUUACACAUACACCCCACGCAUCUCGUACAUAGACAUCACGACCCCAUACGUCCCUUCUGAUCUACCUCCUUGGAUAUCCCCCUGUGCUUCCUCUGCU